UAAUGUCCCUGAUUGUGAUGUCACAAACGGGGACUUAUUCAAACGACUGGUUUUAGGCAGUAACAGGUUUCCAUGGAGACAGCAGCGUUUACACACGAGACCCGGUUUAAACAAAAAUAAUUUUUUAUCAUCAAAGCAAAACAAUUAGAAUCAAAUCAAACUGCGGUUGGAGGUUUUAGGAUCCGGAAUCUGCUGGGAUCAGGCGAUCGGGAUGGAUCAGGUCCAGAUCGUGUUCUGGUCUGUGAGGUUCGUUUCUACCCGCAGGUUCGGAACGAUUCUGGUUCCUCUCCCCUGGAGGUUCUGAUGGGCCAGAGCGAGACAAGGUUCUUCUCUGGGGUUCGGCUCAUGGAUCUGGUCAGAAGAUGCUGGAAUGUGUGAAAGCACCGAUAGAAGCUCCAGAUGUAGAAGUAACCAGCUAACUAGCUGUAACCGGGGACGACUAGUCCCACAGGCUGAUGCAUGAAUCCGAUCCCAGAGGUUCUUUUCGGAGAGUCCGGGACUGCAUCGAGUUGUUCCGGCAGAGCGACGCUCCCUGCUGCUCCCGCUGAUGAUGUAACAUCUGAGCUGUAAAAGCUGAACCUUGACUUGGCUGCAGAGGAGUGCUAACGAUCCGUGGCGUUCCGCCUGUCAUUCUUCCUCCACCUUUCCUGUUUGUUCUCCAGCGGGAUGAAAGCCCGAUCAGGACUGUGGGCUUACAGCCGGGCGACACCAGACCGACACCCAGCGAGCUGAAUCCUGAAGCGGCGGCUUUAAUCCUCCGGAGCAGCGGACUCAUGUCUGUCUGGGAGUGGCUGUGUUGGAGACGCUCGGAUCGGGAACAUCUGAAGAAGAAACGGACUGUUGGACCUUCCUUCACUGAGGAUGAGGAGCUGAAACACAAACUGGGUUUAUAUAAAAACAACAAGAUCCGGACCACCAAGUAUUCCCUCCUCUCUUUCCUGCCUAAGAAUCUGUUUGAGCAGCUCCAUCGUUUGGCCAACAUCUACUUCCUCUUCCUCGCUGCCCUGAACUUCGUUCCUGUGGUGGAGGCCUUCCAGCAGGAGGUCUCCGUCAUCCCCAUCCUGCUGGUCCUGUCUGCCACAGCUCUGAAGGACAUCUUUGAAGACUUCCGGAGGUUUAAGUCGGAUCGUGUCAUCAAUAAGCUCCUCUGUCGGGUUUACUGCAGGAAGCAGAGAUCUUACACGGACCGGCGUUGGAAGGACGUUCGGGUUGGAGAUUUUGUCCGCUUGUCCUGUAAUGAAAUCAUCCCGGCCGACCUGCUGCUGCUCUACUCCUCGGACCAACACGGGGUGUGUUACAUCGAAACUGCCAACCUGGAUGGAGAAACCAACCUGAAGCAGAGGCAGGUGGUUCCAGACCUCUGCCCGCAGGGAGUAGACUUCACCCCGGAGAACUUCCAUAGCCGGAUCGAGUGUGAGAACCCGAACAACGACCUGAGCAGGUUCAGAGGUUACAUUGAGAACUCCAGCAAGGCUCGGGUUGGACUCCACAGCAGCAACCUGCUCCUGAGGAGCUGCACCGUCCGCAACACGGAGACUGUGGUCGGCAUCGUGGUCUAUGCGGGUCACGAGACCAAAGCCAUGAUGAACAACAGCGGGCCGAGAUACAAACGCAGUCAGCUGGAGAGACGCCUGAAUACAGACGUCCUGUGGUGUGUUUUCAUCCUCCUCGCCAUGUGCCUGACCGCCUCCAUCGGUCACGGCAUCUGGAUGAAGAACCUGCAGGAACCGGUCUAUCAGGUGGACACUGAGACGUCGCCGGCUCUGGCCGGGUUCUACGUGUUCUGGACCAUGAUCAUCGUGCUGCAGGUUCUGAUCCCCAUUUCUCUCUACGUGUCCAUUGAGAUUGUCAAGCUGGGUCAGAUCUACUUCAUCCACAACGACCUGGACCUGUACAACGAUCAGCUGGACUCCAGGAUCCAGUGCCGGGCCCUGAACAUCACCGAGGACCUGGGUCAGGUCCAGUACCUGUUCUCGGAUAAGACGGGAACGCUGACGGAGAAUAAGAUGGUGUUUCGUCGCUGCAGCAUUUAUGGAAUCGAGUAUCCUCACCAGGAAAAUGCUCGGAGGCUGGAGGUCUACGAGUUGGAGAAUGAGUCGCCAGGUCGUUCCGUGACCCUGAAGUCCGGCUGCAGUGGGAAGUCUCUGAGCUGCCGGUCCCUCAGCUGUAACCGGAGCUCCGUCUCUCUGCACACGCUCACGGAGGAGCCUCCGGAGGAGGAGGACCAGCUGUCCAGCCAUGCCACCGCGAGGACCGGAGCGUUCUGCAGCCGCAUGGCCAAGGACGUGGUUCCAGACCCGGACCUGGUCAGGAAGUUGAGCUGCCUCUGCUUGUCUGCGCUGAGUCUGGGAGACGGUUCUUCUGUCGCGUCCAGCCUGGAGCUCACCUUCAUCACGGACUUCUUCCUGGCUUUGGCCAUCUGCAACAGCGUGGUGGUGUCCUCACACAGUCAGCCUCGCCACGUGGUUUCUGUAGCACCAGCGCCUCUGAAGUCUCUGGAGGAGAUCAAGCUGAUGUUCCAGCGCUUCAGUUUCUCCCCGUCCCAGAUCAAAGGCAGCCCCCGCAGCUUCACCAGCAGACUUUUCACUCGGGGGAAGUCCGGAUCCUUCACACCCCACAACUACAGCACAGGCGGGUCACAACCAGACCCCGAAAGCAACCUGACGGGUCAGAUGGACUACUUAGCCUCAGGAGACGGGCGUGGUCCUUCUCUGGUGGAGGACCAGGAGGCAGUGGAGGACUUCAGUGAGGAGAAGACGGGUGACGGGUGCAUGCAGGAUGUGGAGGACCUUAACGGGAACGUGGAGUCAGAGCAGGACGGUGAUGAUGAGCUGCUGUAUGAAGCAGAGAGUCCAGAUGAGGCGGCUCUGGUCCACGCAGCCCGGGCAUACCGCUGCACCCUGAGAGGCCGCUCGGCUCAGACCCUGAUGGUGGAUCUGCCAGGACUCGGUCCUCUGGUUGUUCAGCUGCUCCACAUCCUGCCCUUUGACUCCAACAGGAAGAGGAUGUCUGUUGUGGUCCGGCACCCCCUCACGGGUCAGGUGGUGGUUUACACCAAGGGGGCAGACUCCGUCCUCAUGGACCUAGCUGAAACCCCCCGAGGUGCAGAGCAGGCUCGGGAGGUCUACGAUCACAUCCGAGAACAAACCCAGAAACAUCUGGAUGCCUAUGCCAGGGAUGGCCUCCGCACCCUCUGUAUCGCGAAGAAGGUCCUGGAGGAGGAGGAGUACGACCUGUGGCUGAAGAGACAGCUGCUGGCGGAGAGCAGCAUCGAGAACCGAGAGGAGCUUCUGAUGGAGUCGGCCCAGAGGCUGGAGACCGACCUGACCCUGCUGGGCUGCACGGGGAUCGUAGACCGGCUCCAGGAGGACGUCCCAGAGACCAUCGAGGCUCUCCAGCAGGCUGGGAUCAGGGUCUGGGUUCUGACCGGAGACAAGCAGGAGACGGCCGUUAACAUCGCCAACGCCUGCAAACUCCUCCGCUCCAACGACCAGCUGCUGACGGCCAACUGUGGGAGCAAGGACGCGUGUGCUGCUCUCCUGGAGGAGCUCAUCCUUGAGGUUCAGAGAGGAGGAACCAGCACCAGAGAGUUGUCCUCCAGCAGCACCGUUGGCUUCGUCCUCGUCAUCGACGGACGAACGCUGGACUGGGCUCUUCAGGAGGAGCUGAAGGGCAGCUUCCUGGAGCUCAGCUGUAAAUGCAGAGCGGUCAUCUGCUGCAGGUCCACGCCGCUGCAGAAGAGCAAGGUGGUUCAGCUGAUCCGGGACCAGCUUGGGGUCAUGACCCUGGCUGUGGGUGAUGGAGCCAACGAUGUGAGCAUGAUCCAGGUGGCUGACGUGGGCAUCGGGAUCUCGGGUCAGGAGGGAAUGCAGGCUGUGAUGUCCAGCGACUUCGCCAUCUCCAGAUUUAAACACCUCCAGAAGCUGCUGCUGGUCCACGGCCACUGGUGCUACCACCGGCUGGCCAACAUGAUCCUCUACUUCAUCUACAAGAAUGUGAUGUACGUGAACCUGUUGUUCUGCUAUCAGUUCUUCUGUGGUUUCUCUGGAAGCGUCAUGAUCAACUCCUGGGUCCUCAUCUUCUUCAACCUGAUCUUCACCUCCGUUCCUCCAAUCAUUUAUGGAAUUCUGGACCGAGACACGCCUUCAGACGCUCUGAUGAAGCGUCCUGAGCUCUACAGAGCAGCACGAACCACCCAGGUCUACGCUCCCUCCACCUUCUGGAUCAACGUCCUGGAUGCCUUCUACCAAAGCCUCGCCUGCUUCUUCGUGCCUUACUUUGCUCUGGAAGGCUCAGAUGUUGGGGAUAUGUCCUUUGGUUCUCCGGUCAACACCUCGGCACUCUUCAUCAUCCUGCUGCACCAGAUCAUCGAGAGCAAGACGCUGACACAGAUCCAUGUUCUGGUGCUGGUGCUCAGCGCCGCUUCCUACUUCCUGUUCACGCUGCCCUUCAGCGCCUUCUGUGUGAUCUGCAGCCAUCCCACCAACCUGUUCGGGGUGGAGCUGCUGGAGAUGUCCCAGCCUCUGUUCUACAUCAUUUGUGUCCUCAGUGUGGUGACUGCUCUGUUGCCCAGGUUGUUGUUUCGGACUUUGCUGAACACCCUCUGCUCCGGCGCUGAUCCGAGUUCAGCCCAGAGCGAUGAGAGGGAUGCAGAACGGUACCAGAGGAGGAUGCAGCGCUGGAACCAGAAGCAUUCCAGACCCACCAGGGUACCGGUGAGCGCAGACAACCCGGGCCUGGAGCCCAGCCUGGAUGAAAUGGUGUCCUGACCCAAAUCCAUCUGGGUUCUGACCCGAACCGACCUGCAGAACUUGUGGUGCAAUAACUUGAGUGCUAUUUGCAGACGACUGAACUCUGAACCACGUGAAGAAGAGAUGUGCCUCGUUCGUGCCUCAGUCCGAGUCCGGGCCAAACAAACCUGACCUGCUGGUUGUUUACGUCUGGGUCAGCUGAGCCACGGUUUGUUUACCUGCUCAGCUGAGGAACAAACACUAUUGGUUUGUUUGUUUGUUUAUUCGCUGUAACCAGCCUUCAGAGGAAGCUUCUGUUUACAUGAAGGUCAGAGACUGAAUGUUCUGAUCGUGGAACCUUUGAUCACGGGUUCUACGACACAAGAACUUUAAUAGGAACUACAGAACCAUGUUCUGGUGGACCAGCAGAACUGCUCAGCUGCCUAAGUGCCUUGUUGCUCAUAUUUAGACUGAAUAAAUUAAUAAAGUGUUUCUCUAUGUGA